AUGUCAAACCAAUCAAGAGUGAGUGAAUUCUUGCUGAAUGGAUUCCCUGACAUUCACGAGCUGAAGAUGCUUCACAUCAUGGUUUUUCUCAUACUGUAUUUCGUAGCCCUAACAGAGAACUUUCUCAUCAUUACAGUAAUAAUUUACAACCAUCAGCUCCACACGCCCAUGUACUUCUUCCUGGCCAACCUCUCAUUCCAAGACUUUGGCUCCAUAUCUGUCACAGUCCCCAAGUCUGUGGCCAACUCCUUGAUGGACACCCAAGCCAUCUCAUACUCUGGAUGUGUCUGCCAAGUUUUCUUCCUAGUUUUCUUCAUGAUGUCCCACUUCUUCCUCCUUGGUGUCAUGGCAUAUGAUCGCUACAUUGCAAUCUGCAGUCCUCUCCAUUAUGAGAGUGUGAUGAACAACAGAACCUGCAUCCAACUGGCAACCAGUGCUUGGAUUGGUGGUCUUUUCUACUCAAUAGUGCAUACUGGGAAUGCUUUCACAGUGGAGUUCUGUUCCAAUAUAAUCAACCAGUUCUUCUGUGAAAUCCCACAUCUCCUCAAGAUCUCUUGCUCAGACCUAUAUUUCCUUGAAGUAGGAGUGAUGACUUUUAGCUCUUUUUUAGCUUUCAUUUAUUUUUCACUCAUCAUUUUUUCUUAUAUUAAGAUCUUCAGGGCUGUUCUAAGAAUUCCAUCUACACAAGGGAGGCAGAAAGCCUUUUCAACUUGCUUGCCACAUCUUAUUGUCAUCUCCUUGUUUCUGGUGAGUGGUACUGUUGCCUAUGUGAAACCAGCCUCCACCUCACCGUCAACUUUUGAUCUCUUGGCAUCUGUACUGUACUGUUUAGUGCCACCGGUGAUGAACCCAGUGAUUUAUAGCAUGAGGAGCAAAGAACUCAAAAUGGCAUUUUGUAAAUUGAUUGUCAGCAUUUUGCCUAAAUUUUUGCUUCAAGAACACUAUCCUGUGCAUGUAUGA